AUUGUUCCUUGAACUUGCUAGAAUGGCUUCUGACUAUGAUAAAUGCUUUCUAUUCUUGAAUAAACUCGCCUGUCACAAUUCCUACCAAAUCAAUAGAAGAUUAAGCUAAACGUUGUUUUGUAUCAUUUGGUAAAUAUGCAAUAAUAUCUUUAUCUUUUUUAAAUCCACAACCUGUAAACAUGUUGGACAACGCAAUUCUAAGUUAAAAGCAUCUGUUAUUAAGUUACAGAGUAAACAUGUAAAACGGAAGCCUUUUGACUUGUUUGUUUUCACUUUCGAUUUCGCAAUUAUUCGUAGCAUACCCAAGUAACUUACCUGGAAUGAAAAGUGACAAUCCAUCCAUAUAGUCUAUGUUUUAUACCGUCUGCUAAUUGGCUACUUGUGGAUAUCCUUUGUUUUUUCUUAAGUGAAACGAAGUGUGUCUUAAAUAAUAAAGAAAUGUAUCAUUUUAAAAUAAUCAUGAUAGGGGACAAUGCGACAGGAAAGUCAUGCAUGAUGUAUCGAUACAGAAAUGGCUGUUUUAAGCAUAUGGAUUGUACCAUUGGAAUGGAUUUUUGCGCUAAAUCCCUAGAGAUGGAACCUGGUGUAAAUGUGAAUCUACAAAUUUGGGAUACACCUGGUCAUGAACGAUUUUGGGAUGCCAUUCUAGCUUAUAUUCCUCGAUCUGCUGGAUGCCUGCUGGUGUUUGACCUGGGUAAUCGCGAGACUUUCAACUUUAUUAAAUUUCGGUACUCAGCAGUGCGUACAAAAGCACAUCCAUACAGUGUGCUGUUUGUGCUGGUGGGAAACAAGUGUGACAGUGAAGAACGAGAAGUGAGUCAAGAAGAGGUGGAAGAGUUCGCAAGUGAAGUUGGAGCUCCGUAUAUCGAGACCUCGGCUAAAACAGGUCAUAAUGUGACAGAAGCUUUUGAGCUGUUGACCCGCCACAUUUAUCAGGGUUUGAUAAGUGGAGAAUUGCAUCUGCAUGAAAGCUGCAUUGGGAAAGAUUGAGAACAAAAAUAAAUGACCAGUCAAGAUGAGCCAGCUGAGCACAACAAAUACUGUGCCACAUGAAGUCAACAGGAAACUGCAGUUGGAGAAUGUUUUCUAUAUUUUUAUAUUCUGAAAUAUUUUUUUAUAUUAUGUUUUUUCAGUAUUCCUGAAAAAUUAACUUGCAUGAAACUAAACUUCUAUUAUCUAUUUUCAGUUAACACUUCCCUCUUACAUGUCAUAUAAACUAUAUUGCGAAUAAAAACGUUUAUAUCCAGAAAUAAACAGUACAGGGUUGAUCAACUUUUUAACCUGAAUAAUUAUGGUUUUACACUCUACCCGUGUUUAAAAUGUCAGUGAAAUUUUGGAAUUGUCCAUUGUCAGAAGCAAAUCAGUCAGCAUUCAAUAAAUGCACUUCUAGAAUUUCAUUACAGAUUUAUAGUCAUCAUCAUCAUGGCUGAUGUACAAUAUGAUUCAUGUACAAACGUACAUCCAUACACCUGCUUGUGGGACGCGUACACUAAAAAAGAACAGGAAGUGAUUUAAGUUGAAGCAGAAAAGAGCAUCAAGUACAAGUCACAAACAAAGUGAAUCUAACAACUUUCCUUAAAUUGCAUUAUUGUUUGGUUUUAAACUUGAGGAUAGUAAUUUUGAAGUUUUACAAGCAAUUUUAUCAGUCUGAUAUGACUGCUCAGUCUUUGGUCGUCAUUGUCUGGUUCCCCUUUUUAUCAUGGGCCAAACAUUUUCCAAAACAGAUCUGAAACAGAUCUGGACUGCAGGCCAUGGGAUACUACACCUCUGUAGCACAUGCAGAAUAAGCCUUAUCGAACUAAUAAUCUUGAUCUCAAUAUCUGUCUCUGUAUCCCAAUUUAGGCCUCCAUGUUAAUAGUACUCAGCACAUGUAUACCAGACACCCAUGCUUUAGCUCUGCUGCUGCCCACACCAUGACAGACGCAUCAUUUUCUAUGGUUAAAAAAUUAACCUGAGAAAUUAGAUUGUUGAUUUUUUUAUUCUUUUUGUAUAACAUGAUGAACCAUGAUCCAAAGGAUGCUCCUUUUAUACCCACACAAUGAAACCCUCACAAGGUUUGGCUAAUUAUUAUGGACCAUUUCAAACCUGUUUGAUCUGAAUAUUAUAUACUGUAUUUUGCUUUUGUACUUUUUAUAUGAAAUAAAAGUUCAAGAAUAUUACCAAAAA